AUUCUGUGAAAAGCCCAAAAUUUCAAUUUCGUUGGCAAAGCAAAGCAAAGAGAGAGCUCGAAAAGAUUUGAAAUUUAUAAAUAAAUAAUCAAAAAAGAGCUUUUCUUGGCGGGGAUUUUGAAAUUCCGUUACACGCCGGAGAAGUUUUAACGGUCAAAUUUUCUUUUGGCUCGUUAAUGGCGGACCCAUCAGCUGGUUCUUCCAGCUUUUGGACUCAGGCCAACGCUCUCCUCAGAAAAAACCUCACAUACCAGAAACGAAAUAUAAAGGAGAAUAUUCGGCUCAUCUCUUUCCCCUUUUUCCUCUGCUUGUUGCUUGUUCUCCUUCAAGCAUUAAUCAAUCAACAGUUGGAUAAGCCUUCAAAUAAUUGUGGCUGUCAAUGUAUUGAUACAGCAGGGGAUGGACAAUGUAACAAAGUUUGUGGGUUAGAAUACUCAGAUAUAGAUCAAGCAGCAACUUGCCCAAUUCCUAACCCCCCAGGAUUUCCUCCUCUGUUACAAAUACCAUCUCCAGAAUAUCGUGCAGUGAGAACUGAUUUUGUUCCAUUCACAGACUUGCCAGAUGAAUCUUGCAGGAGUUCAGGAUCCUGUCCUGCAACUUUCCUUUUCACUGGGAAUAACCAGUCUCUUGGACAAAUUUUGGCUGGAAGUAUGAUCCCGAGUUCUUUGAACUGGAAUGCAUCCAAUGCAGCUGAAAGUUUAGCUAUUAAUGUUGAUGGCUCGGAUACAUAUACUCAAACAAGCAAUUUUCUUGAUUCUGCUUUCUUUUCGGGUGAUCCCAUCCUCAAUGUGCGUAGUCAGUGCUCGUCAAACUCUACAAUUUCUGUUUCCUUUCUGGUUAACUCCGUUCCAGUGCUGGGAGAGGUCAAUUGUGUCCAAGGUUUACAUUUGUGGCGCAAUAGUUCUUCUGUGGUUAAUGAUGAGCUAUAUAAAGGUUACCGAAAAGGGAAUUCAGAGGAGAAGAUUAAUGAAAUAACUGCAGCUUAUGAUUUCUUAAACUCGAAUGAGAAUAGUUUCAAUGUGAGUAUAUGGUACAAUUCAACCUAUAAGAAUGAUUCAGGACAAGCACCUAUUGCAUUGGUGCGGGUUCCUCGCUCGGUGAAUCUGGCUUCCAAUGCAUACCUUCAGUUUUUGCGAGGACCUGGUACAAAUAUACUAUUUGAGUCUGUAAAAGAAAUGCCCAAACCUGGAACAAAACUCAGGCUGGAUCUGUCCUCUCUUCUUGGUACACUCUUCUUUACCUGGGUCAUUCUACAGCUGUUCCCUGUCAUCUUAACAUCGCUGGUUUAUGAGAAAGAACAGAGAUUGAGAAUAAUGAUGAAAAUGCAUGGGCUUGGUGAUGGACCAUACUGGAUGAUUUCUUAUGCUUAUUUUCUUUCCAUAUCUUUGAUCUACAUGCUAUGUUUUGUGAUAUUUGGCUCACUCAUAGGGUUAAAUUUCUUCAGAAUGAAUGACUACAGCAUCCAAUUUGUAUUUUAUUUCAUUUAUGUAAACUUGCAAAUUUCACUGGCGUUUCUUGCAGCUGCAAUGUUUUCAAAAGUCAAGACUUCUGCAGUUGUUGGGUACAUAUUCGUCUUUGGAUCUGGGCUUUUAGGAGGCUUUCUUUUCCAAUUCUUUGUUCAAGAUACAUCAUUCCCAAGAGCAUGGAUCAUUGUGAUGGAGUUAUAUCCUGGCUUCUCUCUAUAUCGUGGGUUAUAUGAGUUUUCACAAGCUUCCUUCACUGGAAACUCUUUGGGGACUCAUGGGAUGCGGUGGGGAGAUUUGAGUAAUAGUGUGAAUGGGAUGAAGGAGGUGUUGAUCAUCAUGGUUGUUGAAUGGUUGGUGGUGAUUUUUGUUGCAUAUUACAUAGAUCAAGUUGUGUCAUCAGGAAGUGGAAAGAGUCCUCUAUUUUUCUUACAAAAAUUUCAAAAGAAGCCUCCAUCUUUGCGAAACCCUAGUUUGCAGAGGCAGGGAUCUAAAGUUUUUGUUCAGAUGGAAAAACCUGAUGUCAGUCAAGAGACGGAGAAGGUCGAGCAGUUGCUACUCGAAUCAAACUCAAGUAGUGCCAUCAUCGUUGACAACCUCAAAAAAGUGUAUCCAGGAAGGGAUGGGAACCCUGCAAAAUUUGCUGUAAAAGGCUUAUCCCUUGCCGUGACUGAAGGGGAGUGCUUUGGUAUGCUUGGCCCCAAUGGUGCUGGCAAGACUUCUUUUAUUAGUAUGAUGAUUGGUCUUACGAAGCCAACUUCUGGCACAGCAUAUGUCCAGGGUAUGAACAUACGGACUCAAAUGGAUGGAAUAUAUACCAGUAUGGGUGUAUGCCCACAACAUGACCUGCUCUGGGAAACUCUUACGGGAAGGGAACACCUACUGUUUUAUGGUAGGCUUAAGAACCUCAAAGGUUCUGCCUUAACACAAGCAGUGGAAGAAUCUCUCAAGAGUGUCAAUCUUUUUAACGGGGGAGUUGGUGACAAAAAAGCUGGAAAAUAUAGCGGAGGGAUGAAAAGGAGGCUUAGUGUUGCUAUUUCAUUGAUUGGUGAUCCCAAAGUUGUUUAUAUGGAUGAGCCCAGUACUGGCUUAGAUCCAGCUUCAAGAAGCAACUUAUGGAAUGUUGUGAAGCGUGCAAAACAAAACCGGGCAAUCAUUCUCACCACACAUUCCAUGGAAGAGGCAGAGGUUUUGUGUGACCGAUUAGGAAUUUUUGUAGAUGGCAGCUUGCAGUGCAUUGGGAAUCCUAAAGAGCUUAAAGCUCGAUAUGGAGGAUCUUAUGUGUUUACAAUGACAACAUCCUCGGAUCAUGAGCAAGACGUGGAUAAUUUGGUGCGGCAUCUCUCCCCAAAUGCUAACAAGAUAUACCACAUAUCUGGAACCCAGAAGUUUGAGUUGCCUAAACAUGAUGUCAGAAUUGCUGAUGUAUUCCAAGCAGUUGAGAAUGCAAAAAGCAGGUUCACAGUUUUUGCAUGGGGUCUAGCUGACACCACACUGGAGGAUGUCUUCAUCAAGGUUGCCCGUGGCGCCCAAGCAUUCAAUGUGUUGUCAUGAGUAUGGCUGUCCAAUUUGUUCAUUGAUACUUUCAUAAUACAUCGUUUAAUAUUAGUAGGAGGCUUCGUAUGCGGUUUUGCAUGCAGCUGACUAGUUUUAAAAUAGUUUACAUUUUUUGUAUAUCUAUUUUUCUGUUUACUUUCCUUUUCAGUUUACAUAUUUGUAUACACAUUUUCUUUGUAGAAAGUAAUAAAACUUAAAUACAUAUACUUUUUUGUUUUUAAA